GUUGCAUAACAUCGAGAAGUCCUUGCAGUGGAGAAGGGAUACAUGAGCUCGUGAAGGGUCUGCACGGGUCUGCAGUACACCUCAUUCAUUUUUCAUUCGUCACGCUGUCUUCAAUUGAUCCCUCUGAGCCAGAGAUAGCUCUGGCAUAGUGUUCUGAGACCUGAUUACAAUUUAUGCGACGUUGCGCAACCAACGCCACCUACGCCGCCCCGCGAGAGUGCCGAAAAUCACAGCUUUCUUUGCCAAGCUAAAGACCUCAACAAAAUACCAUCUAAGAUAAAUUAACUCAGGCAAAUCGGCUUUACAAUAGGGAGCCGAAAACACGCCACUGACUCCGCUGGAAUGAUAGCAAGUAUAAAAUGAGAACGGUUGCGCCAUGCUAAUUGUUAUCGCGCGGCGUGGCCGCGUCCCACGUCUGGCGCUGGCGAGCUUGGGCGCUGGCGCUGUCGCUGCUGCCGGCCGGGCCGUGGCUGCCGACACGUCUCCCAGCGAGUGUGUUGCGGGCCUGGUGGACUCACUCACGGUCCAGGUCAUCAGCUUCAUGAGCAGCCGGGGCGUGGGUGUGCAGAACAUCAGCGCGUUCGCGCAGACGCCCAUCUCGGCGUUCAGCUCCUGCAUGGCGGUUGCCACAGGCACUACCGGCCUGGAGCCCAAGCGCGUCAGGUGGAUCCUGUAUCCCGGAUGGCAGGGCGGCGUCUUUUUUGACGUCAUGCGCUACGCGGCGGGCGUGCUGCGCCUGGCCCGCCUGCUGCUGUCGCGGCUCAAACCCAACUACACGCUCGUGUCGCAGGAUGUUUCGGGGAUGUCCUUGUCAGACUUCUUGUCAGACCAGAACGUGUAUGCGGAUCGCGACACGGUUCUCCCCAUAUUCCAUGACCUACCCGAGAACUUCUGCGCGGAGCCGCUGACACCGCGCGGCCCGCUGCACCCGCGCACCUUCCUGCUCACUGUGUAUCGGGCGGACAUCCUGUCUGUCCUGGCAGCGGAGGGGCUGGUGUCAGACCCGCUCACGGCGCUCAGCGAGUGGGUGGAUCUGCUGUCGCUGUUGGACGCGUACGCGGGCCUGGUGCGGCGGCAGCAGCAGGACGACCCCGCCUCGCUGCCCUCGCGCCUGCCCGCGCUGCCGCCCUUCCCCGUGUGCAUCAACACCGACGCGCUGUGCGGGCGGCAGACCGACGUGCUGUCAGCCAUCGCAGCCAGCGUCAUCCAGACACGCGGCACGGACCAGGGGUAUUUCCUGGACCUGUCCCCACGCCCGCCCGCGGUCGCGCCCCUGUUCAACACCAGCGGAUGGCGCUACGCGGCGGGGGUGAUGGCGGCGUUGCUGAGGCACAACCCGCCUGCGGCGGCCAGCGCCGCUGCAGCUGUGGAAACGGGUGGCGCUGACGGCGAGGGCGGCCCCAGCUGUCACGGACUCAGCCAGACCUUUAAUGCGGGCAAGUGCCUGCUGAUGUUUGAGCUGGACACGGCGUUGCUCAUGGGAACCAACGUGCCGGCGCUCAAUAAGCCCGGCCAGAUUGGCGUGGCGCCACUCCCCGGCAGCCGCAUGGUGGCGCCACCAACAGGCGCUACUGCGGCGCCUGAAAACGGCGGCGACAGCAGUAGCGGUGGUGGCAGCAGCAGUGGCAGUGGCAGUGGCAGUGGCAGCAGGAGCCGUGGCGCCAAGUACGGCUUGGACGAGCGCGGGCUGGUGCCGUGCACGGAGGAGCUGUGCGGCGUGUCGCUCAACCACGACCUGCUGUACCUGCAGCCCACGCUGCAGGGCGCGGAGGCGGCGGCAGCGGCGUCGAGCUCCGCAAACAAGCAUGGGAACAGCAGCAGCGGCGGCAGCAGCAGCGGCGGCGUGCUUGCGGAUACCGGCGAUUCGCCCUUGCUCGCGUUCGCUAAGCGGGAGCGGGAGGCGGCUGCGCGACUGCGCGCCAGCCCCCGCGCGGCGGAGACGCCUCCCCUGGUGAACCGCGCCCCGUACAGUGUGGUGCUAGACUGGGUGCUGUCCGUGAGAUACAAGGGCUCAGGUGUGGACACCGCCAGUCUCGGCGAUAUGGUGGCGCUGCAGCAGUGGUCGGUGCAGGGGCUGGACGGAUUCCGCUCGCGGCGGCAGGGGGCGGUGGACGGGCUGCGUCAGCGACUGGGGUUUGGCACGGACGUGGGCAACGGCACGCACCACUCCUGUAACGAGUACGUGACCGAGGACUGGUGGCGGCUGCUGACGCCCUCCCAGCGCCUCAACGCCAGCAGCGCCGCCUCCGCCGCCGCGGGCGCCGCCGCCGCGCACCGGCGCCGUCUGGGUACGGCGCAAGGCACCGAGGCAGGCGCCGCGCCGCGCCACAACCUCUCGUUCCUGUACUCGGACUGGGGGGAGCUGGCGGGACCGCUGGCGGCAUCGGCCUGGUCGCUGGACACCGCCGGCUUUGGCGCGCACUACCUCCGGGCGUUGUGGCACGCACUGCACAGCCCCAACCUGGCAGUCGACAUGCAGUCGCCCGUGUCGGUCAACUUCUUCCGCUACGGCCUUGACUACGGCAGCAUGCUGCUACUGCCGCCCAACAGCACUAGCAACGGCAGUAGCCGUGGCAGUAGCAGCAGCGGAGAAAACACAGCUGCGGCGGUGGACGAUGCGCUUGGGCUGGUGGACCGGGUGUGGGGUCUUGCCACGGCGGCUCUGGGUCCCGACAUCGUGAGGGCCGCUUAUGAGGGAGCCAUCUCGGCCCGUGCCUGGCAGGCACCUCCAGUGCCGAGCAGCAACAGCCUAGACCCGGGCGAGGUCGCAGCCGUUGCAACGGCCGUGUCUGUGUUUGUCCUGUUCUUGGUAAUCCUGGCGGUGACCCUGGCGGUGGUGCGGAUGCGCCGGCGCCGCCGCGAGCGCAACCGCGACGUGUGGGGUCGCGUGCUGGCGCCCAAGGCCGGUCCCAACACCACACUGCUCGUCACAGACGUCCAAAACUCCACAGUGCUGUGGGAGGGCCUGCCCGUGUCGGUGAUGGAUAUUGUGCUCAAGCUGCACCACGGCAUCAUUCGCUCCGUGCUGUCUGAGUACGACGGAUACGAGAGCGCCACGGGGGGUGACUCAUUCAUCGUGGCCUUCACCUCGCCCUCGGCCGCACUAGAUUUCGCCACCUCGUGCCAGGUCGCGCUGCUCAAAGCCGACUGGCCGCCCGCGCUGUUGGACCACCCCGACGGCGCGCCCGUGCUGGUGCUGUCGCCUCACGACCCCCGAGACGCCGAGCACGCCACAGCCGCGCUAGCGGCGCUGGGGCUGCUGCCGUCGUCGGGGCGCAUGAGCAGCACCAGCAGGCUCCGCAUCGCGCCACCCGCCGCUGCGCCCGGCGUCAACAAGUCCUCCUCCGGCAUUCCGCCGGGCGCAGCAGGAGCGGGCGGGGACGGUGUCGCUCAGCGGGCAACGGGCGGCCGCUCCAGCCUGCGGGCGCUGUUUCUCGGCAGCAACCACGGCGGCAGGCAGUCCCGCGACACGCUCAAGGCCAGCGCCACAGGGGUGGGAAACGCUGCGUCCGCCAAGCGGAUGAGCGCGCCGGGUGCAGCACUCAGCCUAGGCAGCAGUCCGGCGCCGCGGCCGGCGUCGUCGCUCAUGGCGUCGCUGCCGCCCGGCGCCUUGGUGGGCUCCGUCGCGCCCCCCUCGUGCGACUCGCCAGCGCUGAUGUCAACGGCGUCGCUUGCGCUGCAAGUGUAUGAAAGCGCGGGAGGGGAGCCGCCGAGCGCUGUCGGCACAGCAGCUGCGGCGCCGGAGGCUGGGCAGGGCACAGGACUCGAUGGCUACCCCGUGGAGCUGACCACAGCACCGCGUGUCCACCCAGCAGCAAGUAUCGGACGGACUGGCAGCGGCGCCGCAGCGGGCGCGGCCCCGACCGGCGGAGGCAGCGCCCGCGCCGUGAGCGGCAGCGGCGUGGUGACGAUGCUCCCUGCUGCCGGAGUGGGCGCGCCGCCUGCUGUGGCCGCGGCGAUGCCUAGCGACAAUUGCGACCGUGGUAGCAGGCCCGCCGUGGACUUAGUAUCGGAGAGUGGCCCCUGCAGCUGGCGUGACAUGAUGGCUGCGGCCUUCCCGGUGCUGCCAACGGACUCGCCCGAGGGCUGCCGACUGGCCAUGCUGGUCGGCGCCAGCGGCCGCAAGGGCAGGGCCGGUGGCGGCGGCGGCAGUGGGCCCCAUGGAGUGGGCGGUGGCAGCCGUGCCGCGACUGGCAGCGAGGAGGAGGAGGAUGCGGUCGCGGAUGCUGCCGCCGCGCAACGGGCCGCUACGGGGCUUGAGGAGCUGAUGAUGCAGGGCUCAGCGCUGUUGAUGCACGCAGAGGGCUGGGAGCCUGGGCCACACGCACCGUGCGUGCACCUGCCGGACGGGCGGCUGGCGCUGGUGGCUUUCCGCGGCCUGCGUGUGCGCAUGGGCCUUCACACCGGCCUGGAUGACCCGGAGGCCGUCGCUUUCAACAGGGUGGCGUCAGCCUACGCCUACAAGGGCUCCUUCGCGGAAAUGGCAAAGCUGGUCAGCGACGCGGCACAUGGCGGCCUCAUAACGCUCUCCGGUGAGGCCUUCGUGCGCCUGCGCAACACCAGGGGGGCCACCACCACCACGGCAAAGGACAAGGCCGCAGCCAAGGCACACCACGAGGACGCCGCAGCAGCACACGCCACAGGCGGCGAGGGAGACGAGGAGGAGGGCGGCGCCGCGGCCAACGCCGGCAGCGCGAGCACCGCAGUCCGGGACUCCGUUGCAAGCUUCUUCACAGGAUUCAAGCGGCUCUUUAAAGCACGCAGGGCCGCCGCGGCCGCGGCCGCCGCAGCCGCGGCCGCGGCCUCACGAGGCGCCAUCGUGGUGUUUGCGGGCCGACACAUUCUGACCGACAAGCCAACGCCCAAGCCACCUCCCCCACGUGCGGCCUCCGGCUCGAGAGUGGCCAUGAGUCUGGGCGCGGUGGUACGGCGGGCCGGCAGCGGCCGCAGGCACUCGACGGGCCGGCUGGGCGUGUCGUGCCCGGUGGCGGAGGCAACGCUCUCUCGGGAGCCGUCCGCUGGCGCGCUGGAGCGGGCGGGCGGUGACGCGGACGGCACGCUGGAAGAGACGCCGACCGAGGUUCCCGCGGGUACUGCAGCCCACACGAGCGGGCAUCGCCAAGGCGGGCACGACGCAGGCGUAGCGGGCAACGCCGCGACCAGGGAUCGGACCCAUGCCCCAUCAGGCGGUAGUGCUGCUGCGGAGCCGGCAGCCUCGAGCCCGCCGCGGACGACCACCCAUGCCCCGGGCGCCGCGGUGGCGGCGCUGCCGCCGCGCUUCAUGCGCAUUUCCAGCAACAGGUCCCAGCCGCACCACCACACGCAUAACCCGCCGCAUCCGCCACACCGCCUGCACCACUCGGUGGGCCCGGACGCUCUGGCCGCAGCAGCCGCCGCCAACGGGGGCGGCGACGGCUCGCCGCAGCCGGGCUCGGCGCCGGCUUCGGUCCCCACACACGCCUUCCAUCGCUUCCGCUCCGGCGGUAUGGCAGACAUGAUUGCAGAGGCCAUGGCUGAAGCCAGCUCCGUCACCAACUCGGCCAUCCUCAACGUCUCCAACUCCCGAAAGACUAGCGCUAUGGACGACAGGGCCGACGUCGGGGGCGACGGCCACAGCAGCAUUGUGGCGGGUGGCGUCACCGGAGGCAGCCCUGCGCCGCCCUCGCGGCUGCAGCUGGUGCGCACGGCUGCGGCUGUCAGCGUCAAAGUAGGCGACGUCGGAAGCCCGGUUGGCGGCGGCCGCCAUCACAGCGCGGCACUGCUUGCCUACAUGAUGCCGGACGGGGCCCAGCCGCUGUUCCUGGCGACGCACCCCUCGCUGGUGUGUCGCCUGGCGCUGGCGGCGCCGCUGCGGGUGGUGAAGCAGUGCGCGCAGGGCAGCCUGGCGGCGCCGGUGCGCUACGUGACUGUGGCGUUCAUGAAGGUUGCCGGUGCCUCUGUGUUGAUGUACGACCUGCCUGGCCCCGCCGCCCGCGCCCUGGAUGCCUUCCAGCGUGUGGCCCUGGGGCUGAUGGCGGCUGCGGGCGGCUAUGCGGUGGAGGCGGGCGAUGGGCUGGUGCUGGCGGCGUUUGGCAGCGCGGUGGCGGCGGUGGGCUGGGCGGCGGACUGCGUGGCGGCGCUGAGGAGGUAUCCCUGGGAGGAGGCGCUGCUGGCGCACGAGCUGUGUGCGGAGGAGUUGGCGCUGGCUGGUGCGGUGGCGGCGGAGCCUCCCAGCGCCGCCUCGCCCACGGCGGCCUUCGGAGCGGGCGGGGCGCUCAAGUCGCCGCACUCCUUCACGCUGCGGCGGCAGCAGUCCAUGGUCAUGCACGCCGGCCCGCGGAUCAAGUGCGGCCUGGACGUUGGUGAGGUGACGCACACGCUGACGGAGGCGUCCGGGCGGCUGAGCUACCGCGGCCGACCCAUGAACCGCGCCGCGCGCAUUGCGGGCAUCUGCGCCGCCGGCCAGGUGCUGGUGAGCGGCGACGUGUGGGCCGCGGCGGCGGGCGAGGACGCGGCGCUGCUGGACCGAUACUGCGGCGUGAGCCUGGGGCGCAUGGCGCUCAAGGGGCUAGCACAGCCCAUCGAGGUGGUGGAGGUGGUGCCGGAGGAGCCGCUGGCGAACAUGUAAAGCUCUGGCUCCGGCUUUUGGAAACCAGGUGUGGAGCAUCGCCCCUCACGGCUGCAGACAAAUGUACGGAAACUGGUACUGAUUGAGAAAUGUGGAUCCCGCAGAAUUAACCCAUGUCCCAUGUGAUGAGAUAAGCACGAGUCACUUAUCCCAUUAAUUCACCUGGCGAUUGAUCCCCUUGAUCCUAUACCGUCAUGACAACAUACAUGCAGCCAACGUUGUUGGCGUAUGUAUCGAAAAGACUCAGGUGUCCCAUGCACUAUCCACGUGUCUGAAGGAACGCAUGUGACCACUGGUUCGGUGGGAAUGAGCAACGAGACCCAGGCUGCGGUCCCAAGUGGGAAUCCUCCAGCGUGGUGCGAGUGUGUGUUUGUUCACGUUUGCGCAUUUAGAUUGGGCAUGGAGGCGCCCCGGUGUUGGCAGCGAAGGAUUAAUGCAAGUACAGUUGGAGUGCAAAGUUGAGAGAGAUGGAUGAUGGAUGGAAGGAGCGCCUUGGUGCCGCACGCAUGAUCACAAGAACAUUUUCAGAUGCCCGGAGACAACGCAUACCGAAACAGUAUUUGGCGUGUCAUCACGACCGCACCUCCAUCAAAUCAGUAUGGCAUGCUUGCUUAUAGCUUGCAACCUGCGGCCGGUGUCAAGCGCACGCAACCAUCCCAUGGUUAUCCUGAGGUUUGGAGUCCGCCGGCUUUGAACGGGUCCAAGAGUUCAGUGUGAAUGUCAGCUUGCAUCUGUGACACGUGUGAAGGAACGCGACAACGAUCUUGGGUCAGGAAGGGCCAGGACUGCGGUGUGGGCCUGCGGCUUGCGCCGUUUUGCCGUGUCAGGGCAACAACGGGAGAGUUUGCCAAACUUUCAAAUAACUUGACUUGAAUUGCAUGCUGACAGCGCUCGCUCGGGCUGUGAUCCCGAGCACAGGCGGUGCUGACACACCAGUGUGGAACAGUAAAGUUGCUGGGGUGCGGGGAGCGAGUGCUUGGGUUGCCGUGUUCAUUAGCGUGCGUGGUGCGCGCAGUGUUUCACAUUCACGUCUUCAUGAAUUGUUCUUUAUUUUUGUUGAGGUUGAAUUUACAGGUAUGUCACGAGUCGGUUCUAGAUGGGCGGCGCACGGCGUCACGCGCUCACUCCGUUUGUCAUAGAACCCAAGUGGAAUGCGUCGUGUGCUACUGUGCUUUGUAGGGUGGGCACGUCCGUAGGGGCGGGUGCGGAGGAGGGUUGCAACACGGCUUGAGGGUGCAGGGGCAUCGGACCUAGGGGCGUUGCAUUCUUGUACGCCUCUGAUGCCUUUACAUAAACGGGGGCCGUCGUAAUGCAGAAGUACUCAUAGCGCACGUGUGUGAUACGUGGCUGCAUGACACGCAGGCGUGUGUGUUUUGUGGUAAAGGUUUGAGCAGGAGUUGCCGCCGCUGUGGCGCCUGCGGGCAAGGGAGGCCUGCGGGCCAGGCGUGCGGCUGGCGGCGGCUUGGCUGGCGAUCUGCCGCGUGCGCCCGCGUGGAGCCAGGCCGGGUUGAGGCCUCCGCCACGUGGCUCAUCUUCGGUCGCCCAAGGCGUCAUGCUCGGCCCGUGGACAUGCGUACAUGCGUGAGGCAGAAGAGUAGGAUUCGGCGGGCGCUGCCGGCGGGCUGGUUGGCAGUGCGAGUGGCCCUGCGUGGGGUUUGGCUCCCCUUCCGCCUGGUUUAAAUAAUAUUCUCUUGCGUUGACUGAAUGUGAAUGGAUGUGUUCUGAGCUGUCAUUCGCUUGGUAUGGUGCUUGACGCGCGUGCUGGGUUGAGCGCUGCAGCAGGCUGCAGGAGGUGGGAGCAGGUGGAGGCAAUGUGGUGCAUCAGGUGGUGCAUGCUUCUCGAAGCUCCAG